GGUAUAUUUUAUCGAUAGUACCAUAACAACAAAUCCCACGUGCGGCGCAAAUGGAGCUAAAAAAAAUGAAACCUCUGAAGGAUGCCACGGAUGAAUCCACACCCACACCGAAGGAAGCAGGCGAGGACAAGUCCAAGAAACGUCGCAAUCCAUUCAACACACAGCGCCUAAAGGAGGAGAAGGAGCGGAGACAGAAGAAGCGCGCUCGUCUCAUUGUCCGGAAUAUCAGCUACAAAUCCACGGAUGCCUCACUGCGGGAAUACUUCUCCCAAUGGGGGACACUGGAGGAUGUACACAUACUAAAGCGAGGCGACGGCAAGCUGGUCGGCUGCGCCUUUGUGCAAUACGAGACCAUAAACCAGGCCACAAAGGCUAUACUGAAAACCAACGGAAAAGAUCUGCAGGGAAGAAAGAUAUUUGUGGACUGGGCGUUGGGCAAAAAUGAGUAUUCGGCCAAGAAUCCCAAGGAUGAGGAGCCGGAGGAGAAGAAGCCAAAGGUGGAGAUUAAAGACGAAAGCGAGGAGGAUGAGCCCAAGGUGGAAGCUAACGAACAAGCAGCCAUUAAUGAUGACAGUGAAGAGGCUGAAGGAGAAUCGGACUCUGACGCAAAUGAUGAUGAGGCAGGCACUGAAGGGUCCGGUGAAGAUGACAACGGCGAUGAUGAUGAUGAUGAAGAUCAAAAGGAAGAAAAGGAUAAACUGGACAUCGAUAGCAUUAAGAAGGAGAAAGUAAUAUCCAACGAUGUCCAACAGGGCUGCACAGUUUUCAUCAAGAAUGUCCCAUUCGAUGCCGAGGACGCGGACCUGCGGAAGGUGUGCCGUAAAUUUGGGCUCGUCAACUAUGCAAUUAUCAAUCGGGAAGCGGUUUCUGGCCACUCCAGGGGCACGGCAUUUGUCAAGUUCAAGGCCAAAGAAUCCGCAGAUCUCUGCCUGCAGGCAGGGACUGAGUUCACGCUGAUGGAUGAGGUGCUGGAUCCGCAUCCAGCUCUCAGCAGAGAUGAAUUGAAGAACAAGCAGUCGCGGGAAAACAAGGAUGAUGACACUGGCAAGGAUUCGAGAAAUUUGUAUCUGGCCAGAGAAGGCCUCAUCAUGUCUGGCUCUAAGGCUGCCGAUGGCGUUACUGCCUCGGACAUGACGAAGCGCCAUGAGCUGGAGCAGAUGAAGACUCAAGUGCUGAAGAACUUGAAUCGAUUCGUUUCGCGGAAUCGUUUGUCCAUACACAAUCUUCCCUAUAACUAUGGCGACGAAAAGCUGAAGCAAAUGGCUCAGACCUACACAGGCUUCCGCCCCCAUGAAUGUCGAGUAAUGCGCGAGCACAAGAUCACGCCCGAGCAUCCACAGGGCAAGUCCAAGGGCUUUGGUUUCAUCUCCUUUGAGACGCAUCAGAGGGCAUUGGCUGCACUGCGUAAGCUGAACAACAAUCCCAACAUCUUUGGCGCCCAACAUCGUCCCAUUGUAGCAUUCAGUAUAGAGGAUCGUGCGGUUCACAAAAUCAAGGAGAAACGCGAUGAGCGCUCCAAACAGAAUAAUCCCACCUAUCAGACCAAACUGCAGCAGAAGAAAGAGCGUCGUCAGCAGCAGCGAAGUGGGCAGCAGCAGACCAAGGAAAAGCCACCACAAGCGGACAACAAGACCAAGCUGCAGAAACACAUCAAGAAACUGGAGGCCACGCGAGCGGCUAAAGCAGAAGGCAAGGAGAAGGAGCAACAGCAGCUCACCGACGCCCAAGACUUUGAGGGGGCGGCCGCCAAACCGGGAACUGCGUUGCGUAUGCGCUCCAAGAAAAAGAUUAUGGAACAAGCCCAGGAGCACAUGAAGCGCGUGAAGACCGAGAAACGCAAGACCAAGAACAAAAAGAUACGUGAAUCCCAUCUGGCGGAGAGAAAGGCCGAUAAUCGGCCCAAGCAGGGACGCAAAAAGGAGAUGGAUGACCUGAAGCCCCUAAUCGAUAAGUAUAAGAAAAUGAUUACUGGCAACCAGGAUGGCGGCGGUGUCAAGGGUAUCUUGGGUGGUAAAAUUAAGAAACCCAAGCGCACAAAGUGGUACGCAGAAUAAGCUUCAUCCUGUCUAGGCUAAGAAUAACGUUAGCAAUAAAACUGUAAAUGAGAAACCCAAUCCAGGUGCCUCCU